AUGCCGCCGCCUCCACGACCUCGGAGCCACUGUCUCCACCCGCAGCAUCCGCCGACACUCUUAAAGAAAACGCUUCCACACCUAAUGAUCUAUAUAUUGCUUUUAGCACUACUUUUGUUACCACAAGUUAACCCUUCAUCGAUUCCUUUGAAAGAAUCACGCAAUUCUAGACAAUCACCACUUCCUAGUACAUCGAAUAGUACUAAUAUAGAGCAAAUAAUUCUCGAUCUUCAAUUGUCAGACCUAAAUGAUUCUCCUUACGUAGAUUCUGAAUCGUCUUACCAUCCAGAAAAUAACAAACCUGCAACUUCAUCUGAUACAUCACGGGACGAGAUUGAGGAAACAAAUGUGCGAAAAAAAGUAAAAAAGCAAACGUGGAAGAGAAAUAUAGCAAAAAACAAACGUCAAAACGGUAAAUCUUAUAUCAACAGAAAGGGUGUGUACAAGUGUACUGAAGACAAAACCAGAUUACGAAGAGACUAUGAUGAACAUAAAGCAAGAGAAAAAGAAUCUUUGGAAAUGAAGGCAUACGACAAGAAAAAAGCAUAG